UUCAAUAAAGUUAAAAUAAAAAGUAAGUUUAUUGAAGUGAAAUAAAAAUAUUUUAUAAAAUUUAAUAAUUAUUUGUUGUGUCUUGACAAACUUUAGCGGUUUGACUCACUUAAUGAAAAGUUUUUUCAUCUUUAGGACCUCAAGAUGAACAGAUUGUUUGUGUUUGCCCUCUGUUUAACAGCCACAACAUUUGCUGAACCUCCAGUUUGGGAUUCAAAAGGAACUUGUGGAAAGAGCAAGUACCCCGACGCAGGGGACUACUUCCUACCAUCACCAUCCAUCGUUGGAGGCAUCGAAGCCAGACCGAAUGAGUUUCCAUGGCAGAUAAGUCUGCAAUCUGCAUCAGGGUUCCACAUGUGUGGGGGGAGCAUCAUGAACGAUCAGUGGAUCAUCACGGCUGCCCACUGCGUCGAUGGAGAAAACCCAGCUAAUUUGAGAAUUGUUGCCGGACUCCACAAAAAACUCACUGGUUUGGACCAUCCUUCCGUUCAAAUUUUUCAAAUUGAAAAGCUCGUCAUCCACGAGGAAUAUAAUCCUCGGAAAUUUCCAUACGACAUCGCCCUUAUAAAAGUUAAAGGCAGCGUCAAAUUCAGCGCAGACGUCAACACAGUUUGUGCUCCUGAACCCAAGGACCUGUACGACCACGUUAAAUCUGCCGUUUCUGGGUGGGGAAACUUGGCUUCAGGAAGCAGUGCGAAAGUCGACGGUUUGAGAUACACAACGGUUAACACAACCACCAACGCCUACUGCUCAAAGGUUUACGGGCCUCUUUCUAAAAUAACUGAUGAUAUGUUGUGUGCCUCCGAUAAUCGUAACAGUGCCGAGAGGGACUCGUGCCAGAAUGAUUCUGGCGGUCCUCUGGUCAGAAAAGAAAAAGACGGAACAUUCAGGCUGAUUGGCAUUGUUUCGUGGGGCAAAGGUUGUGCCAGCGGAUAUCCAGGAGUGUAUGCCAGAGUCAACUAUUUCGAAGAUUGGAUUCUCAAGAAUAUUAAAUUAUAA